GCGAGGUGGCGGAUGGGCUCACGGAGUUUCAGCUGUGGGAGCUGCAGGAAGCAACCGAGAACUUUCACUUCUCGCGCCUCAUAGGGCGGGGCGGGUUUGGCCACGUGUACCGAGGAACCCUCUCUGACGGCUACGAGGUGGCAGUGAAGAUGCUGCACGCAACGCCUGGGGGCGGCCAGGGAGAGGCAGAGUAUCGCAUAGAGAUAGAGGUGAUCGGCCACGUGCACCACCGCAACUUGGUGCAGCUGGUGGGGUUCUGCUGUGAGGGGGACUCGAGGUUGCUGGCCUACGAGUUCGUUUCCGGUGGCAGCCUGUUGUCGCGGCUGAGAGACAAGAACAAUCCAAUGACGUGGGAGCAUAGGCUGCGUGUGGCGAUAGGAUCGGCCAAGGGCCUGGCGUACCUGCACGAGCAGUGUGAGCCGCGCAUCAUCCACCGCGAUGUGAAGCCCGCUAACAUCCUGCUGGACGCUACUGGGGAGGCCAAGAUCGCUGAUUUCGGGCUGGCUAAGGUCAUGCCUCAAGGCGUUAACGACAUGACCACGAGGGUGCUGGGCACGUGGGGCUAUGUGGCUCCGGAGUACGUGGGCAGUGAGCGCGUGGGCGUGGCAGCAGACGUGUUCAGCUUCGGAGUGGUGCUGCUGGAGCUGCUCUCAGGCCAGUCGCCGCACAACACAGAGGACCUUCUGGAGAGGCUUCGGAGUGGUGCUGCUGGAGCUGCUCUCCGGCCAGUCGCCCCACAACACAGAGGACCUGCUCGAACGGGUCAGACCAGCAUUGACUUGCGAUUUGAUGAGGAGCAGUUGCUGGGGGUGCUGUGCAUCGCCCUGCUGUGCAAUGAAUACAACUCCGACCAAAGGCCCCUCCCUGUUUCCAGCCAUCACACCUCUGCAUUUUCAUGUUUUGUCGACCGUCUCUGCAUUACCCUCCCUCCACCACCCUCCACCUCCCCUCUGCUCCCCGAGCAGGCCGAGGCAUGCCUCUCAGAGGGCGCUUUGGAUUCGUUCGCAGACCCGGCGUUACUAGCAAGCGGAUUCGACGAGGAGCAGUUCCUGCGGGUGCUGCGCAUCGCCCUGCUCUGCCUCGAGUACAACCCCGACCAGCGGCCCCCCAUGGCCUCCGUCGUGCGCUUCCUCACCUCCCCGCACGCGCCUCUGCCUGAUGAAGACAGCCCGUUAGAGCCCAUCUUGGAAGGCUUGGGGGAUGGCGGAGGUGAUGGUGGUGGUGGUGGUGGUGGUUAUUUGGAGAGCUCUGAUACCAGUGGGGGGUUGGAGGAUGGGUGUAUGGUGGAGGGUGGGGGUGAGGGUGGGGUUUGGUUGAAUGGGGGAGGUGGUGAGGGGAAGGAGAGGGGUGAUGGGGAGGAUGAGGGUGGGUUGGGGGAUGGUGGUGGUGCGGCGAUGGGGGAUGGGGUGGAGGUGGUGGUUGAUGAGAUGGAUGGUAAUGGGGGUGAUGCACGUGGGUCGCAAGUGGAGGAGCAGGGAACGCUGGCGCUGAACAUGGUGCCGUAUCAUCAGCCGUUCGAUAUUUCACGUAUUGACUUGUGA